UAGACUCUGUUGAUGUUGUGAGGGAGGAUUCUUUUGUUUGUGUUCAUUAUGAUAAAUGUGUUGAAGUAGCGUUGUGAUUGCUGAAGGUUCAGAUUGGCAUUGGUUAAUUUGGUUGAGUGAUUCGAGUUUGAUUUGCACUGAAGAUUUGAUUUUACUAAUUAUGGAGAUUUGGUUUACUCGUCUGUGUGUUGAGAUCUCUCCUGAAACUGAAGUAGAAAUUGCAGAAAUGGCUACGGAAGAGUCAAAUGGAGGGAAGAACAUAAGUAGCAAGCCACCUCCCGAGCCUUCACCGUUGAGAAGAGCAAAAUUUUUUAAGGCGAACAUGAGAAUUUUGGUUACCGGUGGUGCUGGAUUCAUUGGCUCUCACUUAGUUGACAAACUUAUGGAAAAUGAAGAGAAUAUGGUGAUUGUUGCGGAUAACUACUUCACUGGCUCGAAGGAUAACUUGAGGCAAUGGUUUGAUCAUCCGCGAUUUGAGCUUAUUCGACAUGAUAUCACGAAACCUUUAUUAGUUGAAGUUGAUAAGAUCUACCAUCUUGCUUGUCCUGCUUCCCCAAUCUUCUACAAAUACAAUGCUGUGAAGACAAUUAAGACGAAUGUGAUUGGAACGUUGAAUAUGUUGGGACUUGCUAAGCGAGUAGGAGCAAGGAUUCUGCUGACAUCAACAUCGGAGGUUUAUGGUGAUCCUCUUGUGCAUCCCCAGACUGAGGAUUACUGGGGCAAUGUCAACCCCAUAGGAGUUAGAAGUUGUUAUGACGAGGGAAAAAGAGUAGCUGAAACUUUGAUGUUUGAUUAUCACAGGCAGCAUGGAAUUGAAAUACGGAUCGCAAGAAUCUUCAACACUUAUGGACCCCGGAUGAAUAUCGAUGAUGGUCGUGUUGUCAGCAAUUUCUUAGCUCAAGCAAUACGUGACGAACCUCUGACAGUUCAGUUGCCUGGAACACAAACAAGAAGCUUUUGCUAUGUCGCAGACAUGGUUGAUGGUCUUAUUCGACUCAUGGAAGGAGAUAAUACAGGUGAGUUCACAAUGCUUGAGCUUGCUGAGACCGUCAAGGAGAUGAUCAACCCAGCAAUUGAGAUCAUAAAGGUGGAGAACACACCGGACGAUCCUCGCCAAAGAAAACCGGACAUAACAAAGGCUAAGGAGUUGCUAGGGUGGGAGCCAAGAAUCAAGCUGCACGAUGGUAUUCCCCUUAUGGAGGAGGAUUUUCGCAAGAGGAUCGGGAUUCUGAGGAAGUGAAAUUCUUGCCUUAGCAUGCACCAACUACUCUGAAAGAUCAGUCGCAGUCCCUAUUCUUUGAUUUUGCUACCGGUUGUAGUUCUUUUAGUUGCCAGCAGUGGCUGGUUGGCGUGUAAUCUGUUGCAAAAUUUUUGAGUUUCUCGAACUAGGUCAGCAUCAUGUCAAUUUUUGGAAAACUUGCUAGCUAUUGAUAACAGAGUUUUAGGUACUCUCUUUUUACCUGUUUCAUAUUCAGUUCAA